AUGGAGCUCCUCCAGUUUGGUAUCCAAGAAGAGAUAAAAGCUAGCAUGGGCUACCCUCAAAAAUGCAGGAAAGAAUACUCCACGAUCGAAUACAAAUGUAAGUAUCCACAAUGUCAAGCUAAAUUCAAAGUCCGGAUAAUAGAUCAAGAUAAAUAUGAACUACUAAUCCACUCUGACUCUCAUGAUCAUUCUGCACCUCCGAAAUCAACAAAAACAAUAUCCUCAUUAUUUGUCAGAAAUUAUCUUAAACAUUACUUUGAAAACAAUAUGAAUCAUGCUACAGCUCAACUUAAGUGUUUCCAAGACUUAAAUAUUUCAUAUACAGACGAAGAGUUACUUUCAAUAUUUGCACAAGGUCCAGAUGCAUUACGUAAAUUUGCUCAAAGAGCUGAAAUUGUUUCCAAACGCUUUAGUUCGGAUGAAAAAGUUUCUUUAGCUAUCUUUGUCGAAUCUGUUCAAGAAAGUUGUCCAGAAGAUUUAAUUGAAUUUAUCUCUGAGCCGGGAAAACUAGUUUUUUUAUAUGCACCUUUCGAAGCGAAGGCCCUUGGUCACCAA